AUGGCUGGAAGCAGGCCAGGUGGAUUAAUUGCGGGAGCUUGGACUGCUAUGAUGUCUCUCGGACUAAAUGGCUACUUGGACAGUACAAGCCGUAUCAUGGAAGUUUCGAAGAAAAUACAAAGAGGGAUUGGAGAGAUCCCAGGGUUGUUUGUGAUUGGGAAACCAGAUAUGACCGUUGUGGCGUUCGCCUCGGAUGUUGUCGACAUAUUUGAGGUGAACGACAUAAUGUCAUCAAAAGGUUGGCAUCUCAAUGCUCUGCAGAGACCUAACAGUCUGACAAUCCUUACCGGUUUCAAUUUGCACAUUUGUGUGACCCUUCAACACACGACUAUUUAUGACCAAUUCCUGAAGGAUCUGCAAGAUUCUGUGAACACUGUGAAAGCAAACCCAGGUCCUAUUAGCGGUGGAAUGGCUCCUAUCUACGGCGCCGCAGGGAAGAUGCCAGACAGAGGCACGGUGAAGGAGCUGCUUGUGGAGUUCAUGGACAGCUCUUGCUGA